UGUUCUCAUCACCCAACGGCAUAACACAGCCAGCAUCUAGUGAGGCCCGCUGCUGUGAUGAGUGCGAUGCUGCUAACGCGCAGACACACUUUUUUCACCUUUAGCUAGCUAGAAACUAGAACACAACAGAAAUGUGUGGUGAUGACAAAGCUUUACCCCAACCAUCCUCAUCCUUUAUCAGAUCUAAAAGUAAACUCUGCACGACGACACAACGAACUGACUAACGAAUGAACAUAGACCAUAGUCGUGAAAUUCGAUUCUCUUGCUAAGUAAAAGUUAUUGGAUGCUGAGCAUGUUAGUUCAGUGUUAGUAAGAAAGGACGACAGAACUGAAACGGCAAACUAAGAUCUGCAGGCAUUAUUUCGGGGCCUAAAAAUUAAUAAAUACUAGUAUAAAUGUAUUUAAUUAUUUUAAUUCACACUUAAUAUAUUAAACCACAAUGGCGGCCACUGCUAGUAUUGAAUGCGAUAACUACUAUCAAAUUAGUGAUGACGAUUUAGACGAUUGCGAAGAUUUGCCCGAUGAUUGUCUGUUGGAAGAAUCUGAUGUGGCAAAUGCCACAACAUCUCAAGCACUUAAUAGUACACAUACCCGAGGUCCCUAUGAACGGGCAUGGACAACAGAUGCAACGCGUGCUCUAAUCCAUAUACGUGGCCCAAUGGAACAUCGUUUCACCGAAGGUCGGCAAAAACGUACGGCAUUAUGGUUGCAUUGCACACGACAAUUACAAAAGAUGGGCUUUCGUUAUAGCGCCGGCAAAGUUCAGAAAAAAUGGCAUAACAUUUUAAUUACAUACAAUAAGAAUUUAAGUAAAAAAUUCACUUCCGGCUAUGUACAUUGGGAAUUUUUCGAAGAAAUGUAUAAAUAUUUACAAGGCAAAAAGGCCGAUUUUAACGAUAGUUCACUUAGAGGGAAUAGACAGCAACAAAAUCACCAAGCCAUAACAAAUGCGGCUGCAACACCGAAUCUCAAUCCAGAGGGAACAACAAACACAUCAUUUUCCAAUGCCAAUUCGGAACCUGCCAUAAUACAGCCACACGUUGAACUCGACUCUAAAUCAAAUGACGAUUUCGAUGAAGAGGAUAGUAAUUCAUUGUCUGAUUUGAAGAAACCCAAACUGGAGGUAAAAGAUGAGGAGGACAGUCCCCAAAUGUAUCCUUUGGAAAUAAAUGAGGUGGAACCGCAACAUAGAGAUAGCACCGCCGUUCAAAAGUUUAUGAUAUCAGCUGGGACUAGUGGUGCAAAUGGCCUUGUCGAUACACAAUCCUGGUGGCAGGAUUAUUUUGAUCGCAAGCUACAGGUGGAACGUGAAAAAAUCGAACUACAAAAAGAGAUGCAUCGUGACUUGAUGCAAUUCAAUAAAAUGUCAUUGCUGCAGCAAGAAAAAAUCGAACGUAUCAAAAUUGAGGCCAUCAACAAUCUGACAAGUACCCUACAAAAAUUAGUCGAGGUUAAAUAUAAAAAGCUAUAAACUUGUAAAGUUAAUGCUGUAAGAAUUAUAAUAUUAGAAUAAAUAAAAAAUUAUGAUCGAUCUAAAA